CUGUGGCGCGCGGUGCAUUGUGGGAUCGCUCGCCGUUCAAAUCGCUGCGGGGGUGGGCUGGUCUUUAUCGGCCGGCGCUGGUAAAGCGCUUCGUUUGCACUUCGGCAUGAGAGUAUCGAGCAUGUUCAAAGGACACAUCGAAGAACGAGCUUCGUGACGUAGAGCUUUCCUAAUACCGUCCGGAGAAGCCAUGGCCGCGGAAGCAGAGCCCAGUACCACCCCUGGGGAGGAGAUGAAUGGCUCUGGCAACCUUAUGGACAUACUUGAUGAGCCAUUCCCAGACGUCGGGACCUAUGAGGAUUUCCACACCAUCGAUUGGCUGAGAGAGAAGUCCAGGGACACUGACCGCCACCGCAAGAUCACCAGCAAGAGCAGGGAGUCCAUCUGUGACUUCAUUAAGAGCCUGCUGGAUGCCUGGUCUGGGUGGCUGGUCAUGCUGCUUAUCGGCCUGCUGUCGGGAACACUGGCCGGGGUCAUAGACCUGGCCGUGGACUGGAUGACAGACCUGAAGGAGGGUGUGUGCCUAUCAGUCUUCUGGUACAGUCAUGAGCAGUGCUGCUGGACCUCCAAUGAGACCACCUAUGACGACCGAGACAAGUGCCCGCAGUGGCAGAAGUGGGCGGAGCUGAUGACCGGCUCCUCGGAGGGGGCAGCAGCUUAUGUGCUGAACUACUUCUUGUACGUCCUGUGGGCAUUGUUCUUCGCCUUCCUUGCGGUGUCUCUGGUGCGUGUCUUCGCCCCCUACGCUUGCGGGUCAGGCAUUCCUGAGAUAAAGACCAUCCUCAGUGGCUUCAUCAUCCGGGGAUACCUGGGGAAGUGGACACUGCUGAUCAAGACGGUCACGCUGGUGCUGGCCGUGUCGUCCGGGCUCAGUCUGGGGAAGGAGGGGCCUCUGGUGCAUGUCGCCUGUUGCUGCGGUAAUCUCUUCAGCAGCCUCUUCUCCAAGUACAGCAAGAAUGAGGGCAAGCGUAGGGAGGUUCUGUCGGCGGCAGCUGCAGCCGGUGUCUCCGUGGCCUUUGGGGCCCCAAUCGGGGGAGUUCUCUUCAGUUUGGAAGAGGUGAGCUAUUACUUCCCCCUCAAGACACUGUGGCGGUCCUUCUUUGCUGCCCUGGUGGCCGCCUUCACGUUGCGCUCCAUCAACCCAUUCGGGAACAACAGGCUAGUGCUGUUCUACGUGGAGUACCACACACCAUGGUACAUGGCCGAGCUGGUGCCCUUCGUCCUGCUGGGUGUCUUUGGCGGCCUCUGGGGGACGCUCUUCAUCCGCGCCAACAUCGCCUGGUGCCGCCGGCGGAAGACCACACAGCUGGGCCGCUACCCGGUGCUGGAGGUGCUGGCGGUGGCAGGGCUGACGGCGUUGCUGGCCUUCCCCAACCCCUACACCCGGCGCAGCACCAGCCAGCUCAUCUCUGAGCUCUUCAACGACUGCGGCUCCCUGGCUUCUUCCCAGCUCUGCGACUACGUGAAUGACCCGAACAUGACCCGGCCCGUGGACGACAUCCCUGAUCGCCCGGCAGGCGCGGGGGUCUACGCCGCCCUCUGGCAGCUGGCCCUGGCGCUGGUCUUCAAGGUGGUCAUCACCAUCUUCACUUUCGGCAUGAAGAUCCCCUCUGGCCUCUUCAUCCCCAGCAUGGCUGUGGGCGCCAUCGCUGGCCGCAUUGUGGGCAUCGCCGUGGAGCAGAUGGCGUACCAUCAUCACGACUGGAUUAUCUUUAGGAGCUGGUGUCGGCCAGGGGCCGACUGUGUGACGCCAGGACUCUACGCCAUGGUGGGGGCUGCAGCAUGUCUGGGAGGAGUGACGCGUAUGACCGUGUCUCUGGUGGUCAUCAUGUUUGAGCUGACGGGAGGACUGGAGUACAUCGUGCCGCUGAUGGCCGCUGCCGUCACCAGCAAGUGGGUGGCGGACGCUUUCGGCAAAGAGGGCAUCUAUGAGGCGCACAUCCAGCUGAACGGCUACCCCUUCCUCGACGUGAAGGAUGAGUUCACGCACCGCACGCUGGCCGCUGACGUGAUGCGUCCGCGCCGUGGUGAGCCGCCGCUGGCCGUCCUCACCCGGGAGGGCACAACCGUCGAGGACGUGGAGGCGCUCAUCAAUGAGACGGACUACAACGGCUUCCCCGUGGUGGUGUCUCGUGAAUCGGAGCGCCUCGUUGGCUUCGUGCAGCGCCGGGACCUUACGCUGGCCAUCAAAACCGCACGGCAGAAGCAGGAGGGGGUGGUGAGCAGCUCGGUAGUGUACUUCAGUGAGGAGGUCCCCCCACUGCCUGCCAGCGCCCCCCAGCCGCUCAAGCUGCGGCGUAUCCUCAACCUGAGCCCCUUUACCGUCACCGACCACACGCCUAUGGAGACCGUGGUGGACAUCUUCCGCAAGCUGGGACUUAGGCAGUGCCUGGUCACCCGCAGCGGACGCCUCUUGGGAAUCAUCACUAAGAAGGAUGUUCUAAGACACAUGGCCCAGAUGUUGAACCAGGAUCCGGACUCCAUCAUGUUUAACUAACAAUCCCCCCCCCCCAACCCCCCCAGUGAUGGCUGUUACUGCUUCACACCAUCCUCAGUCCUGAUGUCUCACACGCUGGGGGGGCUUGUCAGAGUGCCCCCCUCUUCUGAAGCGGUCAGUCUGUGUCCUGACUUGUCGUGCCAGUACGUAGACAUAUAUUUGGGACUUUGUCCGUGAGCCCCGUGUCCCCUGGGGUCCGAGCUCCAGCCCACCCACCUCUAGCGGACGCACCUUGUGACCGAGGCUCGAUAUGGACGUCACAGGGUCAUAUGGAGCAUGUCGCCAAGUAAGACCUCGGGCUGGGAUGGUGGUGUCGCCCCCUGGAGGUAACGCGGGGUAUAGACUUCCAUGGAAGUGCCGUGUGUGGCCUGGACAUCCUGGGUUACUCGUGCAGAGAAAAUGGUCUGAUUUUCCCGAUGGCAGAUACCAUGCUACCUUUGGUGUUUGUUCAUGAGAUGUUCUGAGCCACAAAUCACCAUGCUAAUGAUGGCAGGUCCCAAUGUACAUGGCACUAAUUAACUUAUUUUUGAUGGCUUAGGUUUUGUGUACAACCGUUUAGCGUGUCGGAUAACCCUGACAGUGUCCUUGCUAAACCUUCAUGACCUGUAGAUAUGUACACUUAUGUUUGUGGAUUAUAUACAAUAUUUACACAAAUCCUUUGGAUUUUUUUCGUCACUGUAGUCACUAAGAGCAGAAGCUUGUAACUUAACCUAGUUUGUAUAUCAUAACAAAAUUGAUCUGGUGUUAAUCGAAAUGAAAAUGCUGUUUUUUAAUGUGUAAUUUAUUAGAUUUUUUUUUUUUAUAUAUAUAUAUAUAUAUAAGUUAGGUGAUGAGAUUGUCUACUUGUACAUAACACUGUGAUAGUGAUGGUUGUGCUUGUAAACUCCCAAAUUUGUGUGUUGACUAAAUCCUUUGUUUAUCUGGGAUCUUGCAAACUGAACCAGAGGCUGCAUCUUCAUGCCUUUCAUGGUUUUGUGUGUUGCAUCGAUAAACCAUCCAUCUGAAACCUGAGAUUUGCAGUAUUGUUUCCAGCAGCUGCUCUCAUUUGCCCGCAUUUCUAAAGCCUCGCUGCUCUGGAAUGUCAGUCCCUUCACUGUUUCCCUUCAGCAGCUUCCAGUUUCCAGUUUGGUAAGCCUCCUCCUUUUGAGCCAAAGGCUGUAGGUAAAUCUGACUGGAAUCGUCUGCUCGUCUGCUUGCUGACAGGCGACAGUGAAGAGCCCCUCCUCCUACAUAAAAAAUUAGCACUAUAAAUGAUGAUCUAUUGGGAUACUCUCCAUCCAUCUUCUUUAGCCGCUUAUCCUGUUCAGGGUUUUUGGGGGGAUUGGAGAGAGCUAGGAUGGGGUGCUAACCCAUAGCCGGGUGCAGGGCUCUCUCUCUCUCACUCUCAUAGCCUCAGCAUGUUUUUUGAACUGUGGAGGGGGGAGCUAAAGUACCUGGAGGAAGCCCCAUGAUGAUAUGGGGAGAACAUGCAAACUCCACACAUGGAGCCAGGGUGGAGACUUGAACCCUGGUCUUUACGGGGGGGGUGAGGCAAGGAACCUGGAAGUUGAUUUGAUGUGAGCUUGUUUUGCCUGAAAUUAUAAUUGUCCACAAGGUGGCGCCAUGCACCGGUAUCCUCUUCCUAAUCGAACUGAAUCAAAUACUCUUUGCUGUCUGUGAGGUCUAGGCCUUGAGAUGAGACCACACCAAGUUAUGCACUUUGCGGUCUGUACAUGAAGCACACGGCGUAACCUUUUGGGGAGCCGAGCUCACUGACGUGUGUCUUUGUAGACGGGGCGUCAUGUCUGUUGUAAUGAGCUGUCUAACGUUUAACAUUCGCUACGUUGGCUUGUUUGAUUCACUUUGCGUUUAGGAGGGCGCCUUUCUGGGCGUGGCUAUGCGACUUUCCCUACCCGGAAGCUUACGUCAUCUGGCUCCCCACGUCACCAGCUGUCUGCUGCGGCACCACCUCGCGGGCCACGUGGCAGGAGACCGCUCGCUAGGUUGAUGGCCGAGCCUGAGGGAACCAGCCCGGUGAGAAACGGCACUUUGCCAUGCCUGGGACUCCCCCCUGCCCCCACUGCGCAGUAGGGCAGCCCCCAGCUGAGGUCAAACACGCCAACUGUUGAAAGAUAGGUCACCUUGCUUAUUUCCCUGCCCACGCCUAUACGCAGGUGCUCAGGCAUCUGGUAACAUCAUGGCUCUUAGUCAGUAUUGUAUAGUAUUUACACUGUUAGCCUAGAGCCAGGGAACGAGCCUUUUGCCACUGGAGGGAUUUCGGUAAAGCCUUAAUGCUGUUCUUUAAUUUCUGUUUGGUUAUGUCUGCUGUACCCUGGUAAAAUGGCAGCCUUCUCUUCCAGGUGCAGCUCAGCCCGUCGGGAAUCGGGUUCGGUGCCCGUCUUUCUUCCCUGUGCGUGUGUGGAAAUCGUUUUAGCUCUUUGAAGAGAAACGGCCCUUAAACACCCAAACGUCGCAUCAAAAGAACUUUAAUUGUCUGUACAGCAAGAUCUGGGUAGGAAAAGCCAUAGAGAUAGAGUUUAAACUUUACAGCUCGGUGGGUGGAGGCAUCACCACUCCUGUGACGAGCCUGAAAGUGAAGUCCCACCCGUGACGUGGACCAGUCUCGGGGCCCGGCAAGAGCCGCAAGUUCACCCAUGUGGGUUGGGGGCACCGUGGGACUUUCCUGUGAGGCGAUGUGCUCCGAAGCAAAGGUCAAGGCAGGACUCUGUGGCAGCGUUAGAGCGGGAUGGAAA